AUGAGUCCUCUGGGCCAGGUUAGUGUGAAGCUUACCUGGAACACAGCUUUGCUCGCCGUGCUCUCCCUCAUGGUGCCUCUGAGUAUGUGCCAGUCCACAGGCCCCGCCACGGGCCCCACACACCCACAGAACUGUCCAGCUGUGUGUUCCUGCACUAACCAGCUCAGCAAGGUGGUGUGUACCCGCCGCGGCUUGUUGAGGGUGCCCCCAAACAUCCCCACCAACACCAGGUACCUGAACCUUAUGGAGAACAGCAUCGAGACCAUCCAGGCUGAUACCUUCAGGCGUUUGCACCAUCUAGAGGUACUGCAGCUGGGCCGCAACGCUAUCCGACAGAUUGAAGUUGGAGCGUUUAAUGGGCUGACCAGCCUGAACACCCUGGAGCUGUUCGACAACAGGCUAACAGUCAUUCCCAGCGGGGCCUUUGAGUACUUGUCAAAGUUGAGAGAGUUGUGGCUACGAAACAAUCCCAUCGAGAGCAUCCCAUCCAACGCCUUUAACCGGGUCCCGUCCCUAAUGAGGCUGGACCUGGGGGAACUGAGAAAACUGGAGUACAUCUCGGAUGGGGCUUUUGAUGGGCUCCAGAAUCUCAAGUAUCUAAACUUGGGGAUGUGCAACCUGCGGGAGUUUCCACAUCUGUCUCCGCUGAUGGGAUUAGAGGAACUUGAGAUAUCGGAGAAUGUUUUUCCUGAACUAAAACCUGCGGCCUUUCAUGGACUAAAACAUUUACGAAAACUCUGGAUUAUGAACUCUGCCAUCACCAUCAUUGAGAGAAAUGCAUUUGACGACAACACAGCUCUGGUGGAGCUGAAUCUAGCCCAUAAUAAUCUGUCAUCGCUUCCACACAACCUGUUCACUCCUCUGCAGUAUCUGGUGGAGCUCCACCUCCACCAUAACCCAUGGCGUUGUGACUGUGAUGUAGUGUGGCUCUCCUGGUGGCUCAGAGAAUACAUUCCCACUAACUCCACGUGCUGUGGACGCUGCCACACCCCUCUCCACAUGAAAGGCCGCUUCUUAGUGGAGGUGGAUCAGACCACCUUCCAGUGCUCUGCCCCGGUCAUACUCGAUGCCCCCAGAGAUCUGAAUAUUUCAGCAGAGAGAGUGGCUGAGCUGAAGUGUCGCACGGCAGCCAUGAGCUCAGUGCGAUGGCUUCUUCCAAACGGCACUGUAUUGACACAUGGGUCUUCUCACCCACGAAUAUCUGUGCUUAACGAUGGAACGCUCAACUUUUCCAACGUUCUGCCCUCUGACACGGGCAUAUACACCUGCAUGGUGAGCAACAUGGCAGGAAAUUCUAAUGCCUCAGCAUAUCUAAAUGUUAGCAAUGCUGAACUCAAUACAUCUAAUUUAUCCUACUUCACCACUGUCACCGUGGAGAUAAUGGAGCCCACAGUGGAGGAGACCCCUAAACCCAAACCCACACUUCCUGCCUCUCCUUCUGUGUUUCAGCCCGUCUUUAUCUCCACACCCACUGUGUUGUUCCACAACACUCAGACUCCCAGGCAGGUGUCCAUCCCCACUGCCAAGAUCCCCAGUGGGCCCGCUGCCAGCCUUGAUGAGGUCAUGAAGACCACCAAAAUUAUUAUUGGCUGCUUUGUUGCAGUCACCCUGCUGGCAGCUGCCAUGUUGAUAGCUUUUUAUAAGUUACGCAAACGACAUCAACAGAGGAGCACAGUGGCUGCAGUGAGGACCAUAGAAAUCAUUCAGAUGGAGGAUGAGGUUCCUCCGGUUCCUCCCACCACUUCUGGAUCUAGCGGCUCAGACGACACAGGAAUGGUACUGCCCACUUUAGUGGAACACAACAGCAACACCUUUAAACCUGGAUAUGUGUCCUCCACCACUCGGCAGGGGAGUUACGGAGCACACUGGACCCACAACAACUCUCUGCACCGCUCAGUCAGACAGCAUCACAGCCACAUCAGCACUAUCUCUGACCCUUACAUCAUAAAGACCUCUCAUGGCAAGGAUAAGGUUCAAGAGACCCAAAUCUAA